AACCCUCCCACUAGACACUCCCGCAUGGUAGCUGGAGCGGCAAACUACUGCUUAGAGAUUUGAAGCCAGGUGUCCUAACUUCCUCCAUGGGCGCUCAGCCUGGAGAACCUCAGAACCCUUGCUCCAGGAUCCAGACGCUCUUUAGGAGGGUCAAGACCUUACUCAUCAAAGCCCCGCCUCCCCCGCCACCUCCACCCCCACCCCCAUCCUGGAACCCUGGCUGUACACACGUGUAUGGAUACGUGUUUGGACACAUGCAUGACAACAACCUUGACCAUCUCCCGUCACAGCAGGUGCUGGACACAGGAGAGCAGCUGAUGGUCCCUGUGGAAGUCCUGGAAGUGGAUAACGAGGGGACCUUGUGGAAGUUUCUGCUCUCAGGAGCAAUGGCUGGGGCGGUGUCUCGCACAGGCACGGCACCUCUGGACAGAGCCAAAGUGUACAUGCAGGUCUACUCCUCCAAGACGACCUUCACCAACCUGCUGGGGGGGCUACAGAGCAUGGUCCAGGAGGGAGGCUUCCGCUCCCUGUGGCGGGGCAACGGCAUCAACGUGCUCAAGAUUGCUCCCGAGUAUGCCAUCAAGUUCUCCGUAUUCGAGCAGUGCAAGAAUUACUUCUGUGGAAUACAUGGGUCCCCGCCCUUCCAGGAGCGUCUCCUCGCCGGUUCCCUGGCCGUGGCCAUCUCCCAGACCCUCAUCAACCCCAUGGAGGUGCUAAAGACACGGCUGACCUUGCGACGGACGGGCCAGUACAAGGGGCUACUGGACUGCGCCAGGCAGAUCUUGCAGCGGGAGGGCACCCGCGCCCUUUACCGCGGCUACCUGCCCAAUAUGCUCGGCAUCAUCCCCUACGCCUGCACCGACCUGGCUGUCUAUGAGAUGCUCCAGUGCUUCUGGCUGAAGUCAGGCAGGGAUAUGGGGGACCCCAGUGGCCUGGUCAGUCUGUCAUCUGUGACGCUAUCCACGACCUGUGGCCAGAUGGCCAGCUACCCACUGACUCUGGUGCGCACCAGGAUGCAGGCCCAAGAUACCGUGGAGGGCUCAAAUCCCACCAUGCGCGGAGUCCUCCAGCGGAUCCUGGCCCAGCAGGGCUGGCUAGGGCUGUACCGAGGCAUGACCCCCACGCUACUGAAGGUCUUACCAGCAGGUGGCAUCAGCUAUGUGGUGUACGAAGCCAUGAAGAAAACCCUGGGCGUAUAGGCUGUGAGCUGGACGACACAGCCUAGGCAGAAAUGGGACAGGAGGACCUGAUGACCCCUGGCCUCAAAGAGCCCUCAAGGCCUCAAGGCUCAGGCCCUGGAGCAGUUGUUGGCGGCAAAAGCAGGCUGGGGGUGGGGUGGGGGUGGGGCGCUGGGUCAGAAGAUUCCUGAGGCUGGGGUUGGUGGGUGGGGGGUGAUGCUGCGUCAGAAGAUUCCCGGGGCUCCCUCCCCACGGUGCAGCCUGAGACAAGAAACGUGGACUCCAGUCUGGCUCCUUGUGGGUCGUCCUGGCUCCAGGGCGAAAUGGUGAACAUGUCACACAACGAGGAAUAAAGAGAUGGUUUUUGUUGAA